CGGAGUGGCUUUUCCCUAAUCCCCCAUUCCACAUUCGCUAUUUCAUUCUCUGUUGUCGAAUUUGCAGAUACGGCCAAAAUGUCUUCGCGAGCCCUUCGCAAACUGCAGCGGGAGCAGGAAUUGCAGAGACAAGUCGAGGCUGCGAAAAAGGCAUACGAGGAGGCAGAAGAGUCAGAAGAGGAGGAUGAUGUCCCACAGCCACCCUCACGGCCUAUGAACGCUUUUGACAUGCUGGAGGAGGUUGAAGAUAAAGAAGAAUCUGACGAACAUGAAUACGAGUCCAUAUCACACGCAGAAGCCACAGGAAAGCCCGAUACCAACCUACCGCAAGGGUCAACACCCACUCCUCUACCAAAGCCGAAGAAGAAAAAGAAGAAACCCAAGAAGAAAGGCAAGGGUAAAGCAGAAGAACAGAAGGAGCAGACAGAGGAAUCUGGCGAUGAAAUUGACCGGGCACUGAAAGAAUUGGCCGCAAAAGAAGGGCGAACACAGGCGGCGUCUAGCGAGAAACAAGAGUCACCGAGCUGGGAGUCAAGAGCUACCAGACUUCUGGCCAUAGAUUCGCACAAUCUCAACCCCGUCAACGAGAUGAAGAGUCUCUUUGGUAACAUUGCGCUUGAAGGACAAGAAUCUCGUUUUUCACCCCGCAAUCAACGUCGUCGUGAACAAAACCAGCAGGGCGGGGUCGAUCUCGCGACCGCACUUACGGGAAGAUAUUGUGUCGCCAGCAGAGGCAAAGAGCUAGGGUCUCUCGCACAUAGACGGAACGUCUUUGUGCAGGGGAAAGAAGAGUGGCCCCUGGCCACGAGUGGAGGGUUGAGCAUGGAACUAGUCAAACCGGAUUCCGAUUCCAAGGACUCCCCCGAGAAGCGAUACAACAUCAUGCACAACAACGCCUAUCGCGAGACGCAAGUUCAUUUCCGCAUGGCCGUUGAAUCGAUGGAUCCUCAAAGAAUGAUUGGUCUAUUGUCCAUGUAUCCGUACCAUAUUGCCACUCUUUUGCAAGUCUCCGAAAUUGCGAAGCAUCAAGGCGACCAUGCUGUCUCGGGAGAUCUUGUUGAGCGUGCACUAUUCUCCUUCGGCAAGUCUGUACACAGCAGCUUUCCAGCUUCCCUGAGAAAUGGCGUCGCUCGGGUGCCGUUCAAUAAACCAGCAAAUCGAGAACUAUAUCUCGCAAUAUGGCGGUACAUCAGAAACCUCGAGAUGCGAGGGACGUGGCGGACCGCGUUCGAAUGGGCCAAAAUCCUUCUUCAACUCAACCCACUCACAGAUCCCUAUGGAGUCACUCUGAUGAUCGAUCAACUUGCCUUGAGAGGCCGUCAGCAUGCACAACUCAUUGCCCUCUGCUCGGACGAUGCUUAUGGCCAAGCGUGGGAUUUCCUGCCCAAUAUCCAAAUCUCUCUAGCACUCGCCUAUCAAAGAUCAGGCAAACCACGAGAUGCUCGUAUUCGUCUGGCGGUCGCAAUGCAUAAAUACCCUUACAUCUUAUCCGCUCUCGCAUCGGCACUCGACAUCUCGCCUCUUCCCAAGUCCCUCUGGGCAAAAUUACCGUCCACUGACGCCGAAAAGCUCUACACCCAACUCUACGUCAAUCGCGCAAAAGACUUGUGGAACACUCCGGAAACUAUCAGCCUACUUGCCGAAGUUGCAGAGACCCUUUCUCAUUACAGCGAUGCUAUCUCUGCUGCUCUGGAAGCACCGAAGUUGGAGAUUUCCCUCGAAGAAGCUAGACAUAUCAUGCUCCUCGAGAUUCCGUCACUAAUUGCCCUGCUUCCACGUCGGUUUACUACUAUGCCCACUUCAUCAUCCGACGUCCUCCCUCCCCCAGAUUCAUUGUCCGACUUCGUUGCUCGAGCACCCGGCGCCGGCCCCACGCGAGGAGCUGAUGGAACCAUGCAAGUCAUCUUCAACGCCGCAGGAGCGACUGCGGGUACUGCGGGCAGCCUCCUUACGCGGAUCAUGAACUGGUUCCAGCAACCCGCCGCUGCAGAAGACGCGAACACAGGAGGCGAGUCGGAAGGCCAAGCAGCACUUCGAGAGCUGCAAGAGCAACUCGGGGGAAACGUCCCUCCGGAAAUGCUGGAGGAGUUCCUGAGGAUCCAUCUAGAUGACGCAGAGGAGCUAGGCGAAGGUGUUACGCCUGAGGGAUUGGGAAUGGCUGGUGGGUGGGACUAUUAUGUGGAUGCCAACGCGAACAAUUCGACAGCCGAUGAGGAUGAAGAUGACAGUAUGCCUGAAUUGGAGAGCAUUUCCGACAAUGAAGAGACCACGGCUCAAACGGGACAGCCACAUCCUCCACAUGCAGCCAUGGUGGAAGAUGCGGAUGAGGAAGACGAGGGUGCCCAAGAAAGAACACCUGGGCGAGUCCUGACUGGCGGUCAUGCGGUAUUACGACACGUUGAGUCGGACGCGGAAGAGGAAGAAGCGGACGAAGGUCGCGAACCUCCUCAACCAAGACAGACACGCCCUGCCCAAACCCUCCGAACCCAAGAGCCGCGGGCAUCGUCACAGGGUGCAAACGACGCUGCAACGAGCCAUCCUCCCCCUUCCUCCUCGGAACAAGACCAAGAAUAUCUAGACCCUCAGCGCCUGCAACGCUGGCUCCUCACCAACGGGCUUAAUGAUCUUCAAUCUAACCAGAGUAAUCCGGAGACGUUGCAAACAUAUCUGGACAGACUGAGAUUACUGGGGACAAAACAACAAGAUUGGAUUGUGAGGAUGGUGAGACAAAGGGCCGGCGAGGCAGUCGAAAGACGGGUCCGGGAAUCGAUGGAGCGCGGAGCAUGAGUUUGGCGAGGAUACCCUACCUAAUGAACACACGAUAAAAGCCCGAAAUAGAUGUACUAAAAACCCCUUAUUACACGCAUCAGUCCC